GCGCGGAGAGUGUCUGGAUUUGGAGUUAAUUUUCUUUCUCUCUUAUCAUUAUUACUAUUGCUUUUUUUUUGCAAGAAAAGCCCCGCUUAAAGAAGACAGAAACGCACAGAAGGAUGUAUGGCAGAGUUGGAAGAUUGCCGGACUUCAAAGGCAUUUGCUGGUAGAAGGCCCUGUCUGCAGCAAUCGACCUUCCAUUUGUUUGGGGACUCCCUCCGGACGCUGAGAGCAAAGAUCCCCUUUUUGAUCCUGUAACAGCCUCUCCAAAGAACAGAAGCGUGGGCAGCAAACUACAGUCCAGGGUCCCCCCCUCCCCCCAAUUCUCUGUGUUUGCAAAGGAAGACCUGGAGGGAAGGCCUGUGGUGAGACUGUCUGCAGAAUGACUGCCAAGCGUGGAGCAUCCCAGGGAGCUAUAGAGCAGAUGGCACGGAGAGGAAUGAAAGUGGAGGAGGAGGAGGAGGAAGAACCUGAAACCCCAGAACCAGAGGGAAGGUGGAGGAAGAAAGGAGGAGAAGAAUCUCGUAGUCUCAGAGAAAAAGACGGGGGGCUACCCAGAGGCAGAGCAAGUCACCACAAGGAGCUGCUCAACGCGACUCGAUCCAGCCGUUCUGGAUGGAGAAAUCCACAGCCCAAAAGGCCUGCCGAGUGGGGAGACAAACAAGGGUCGUCACCCUCAGUCAAGAGACCCGCAGUCGCCCGUCAGUGGCCAAGGAGUGGACGGGCUGCCCGGCACCCACCCCCAAGCCUUGAGGAAGACGUGCCAGAGGCCCACAACAGCAUGGACUCAGGGGAAAUCGGUGAGUCCGGAACAGUGAAAGUGAAGGAAGAGGUCUUGGGGGAUGACUCGGCCAGCAUGGAAAUGAAACGGCAGCGCUUCCGACAAUUCCGCUACCAGGAGGCUGAGGGGCCCCGGGAGGUUUGUAGCCAACUGUGGUACCUCUGCCAUCGGUGGCUGAAGCCAGAAAAACACACCAAGGAGCAGAUCCUGGAGCUGCUGAUUCUAGAGCAGUUCCUGGCCAUCCUGCCGCUGGACGUCCAGAGCUGGGUGAGGGAGCACGAACCAGAGACCUGUUCGCAGGCAGCCGCCCUGGCUGAGGAUUUUCUGCAGAUGCAGCAAGAGGCGGAAAGGAGGGAACAGCAGGUGCUUGGACUAUUUGAGAUGGACAAUGAGGAUUCUCCUGAAGCUGAGCAGCCUCCUUCGGAGGCUGUGCCAAAGCCCCUAUUCCGGGAAGCAAAGCAAGAAGCAGAGGAGGAUGAGGCCAGCCCUUUGGGGACCCUUGGGCAGGUGGAACCGCGGGCAGGAGCCCCCCUUCCCCUCUACCCAGAGGAGGGCAGCUCUGAUGAUGAGGGCCUAUUGGACCUUGUCUAUGCAGCCAAUCUUGAGAUCCACAGCAGGCGGCCACCCCGACGGACCCGCCUCAUCCGAAUGCGCACCCACGAACUCCAGGUCUCAGACGAGGAAUGCCUGACCCGCUUCCGAUUGGACCGCCAGGCCAUCCAGGAUCUAUGUACGCUGCUGGCGCCGUACCUGGAUGGGGCCUCUGCAAGCCGCAGGCACAUCCCUACACUCCAGAAGGUUCUGAUAGCAUUACAGGUUCUUGGGACUGGCUCCUUCCAGCGGAUGACAGGUGACAACCUCAGGGUUUCCCAGUCUUCUGUCAGCCGCUGCCUGGAUGCUUUCCUGGAAGCCAUGCUCCGUCAUGUGCAUGAGCACAUCACCUUCCCUACCACCGACUCAGAGCUUCGCCGUACUCGGGAAGCAUUCUUUGACAUUGCCGGCUUCCCAAAUGUCAUCGGGAUAGUGGACUGCACCCACGUACCCAUCAUAGCUCCAGCAGACAUGCCAGCGCUCUACCGCAACUGCCACAACUUCCACAGUCUGAAUGUGCAGGCCACCUGCGAUGCUUCAGGAUGCUUCACCCACGUGUUGGCAAAGUUCCCUGGAAGCGUCCAUGAUGCCCGGAUAUUCCAGCUGUCCCAACUGCAGAGGCUCCUGGAGUCAUGGCCUGAAGGGAAGGGAUGGCUCUUGGGUGACAGCGGCUACCCCUUGCGCCCUUUUCUUAUGACUCCACACCCUGAUGAAGGCCCAGAACCCAUUGCGCGCUACAAUGCCACACACGAAACAACCCGGAUGGUAGUGGAGAGGGCAUUUGGGCAGCUCAAGAUGAGGUUCCGGUGCCUUCACUCCACUGGGGGCCGGCUCAUGCUCCGCCCAGAGAAGGUGGCCAAAGUGUUUGUGGUAUGCGCUAUGUUGCAUAACAUGGCCCUACGACGUCAGUUGCCCAUCAUCAACGGGGGACAGGGGGUGGACACCGAGGUUCCCGUGCCUCCGUACCUGGACACGGACGGCAUCAUGGAGCAGGAUCCUCGUGGGGUGGAUGUUCGGGAGCAAAUCAUUAGCAACUAUUUCUCACAAUAAAUUGAGCUUUCAGUAGAUA